GGGGAUGCUGCGGUGGGCGCGAUGGCCCCCGCCAUGCAGCCGGCCGAGAUCCAGUUUGCCCAGCGGCUUGCAUCCAACGAGAAGGGCAUCCGGGACCGGGCGGUGAAGAAGCUGCGCCAAUACAUCAGCGUGAAGACGCAGAGGGAGACAGGAGGUUUCAGUCAAGAAGAACUUCUAAAAAUAUGGAAAGGGCUCUUCUACUGUAUGUGGGUACAGGAUGAACCCCUUCUACAGGAGGAGCUAGCGAACACUAUUUCCCAACUCAUCCAUGUUGUUAACAACUCAGAGGCUCAACACCUGUUCAUUCAGACCUUCUGGCAAACCAUGAACCGAGAAUGGCAGGGAAUUGACCGGCUGCGCCUGGACAAGUACUACAUGCUGAUCCGUCUGGUCCUAAGGCAGUCCUUUGAAGUCCUGAAGCGAAAUGGCUGGGAAGAAAGCCAGAUCAAACUUUUUCUAGAUGUCUUGAUGAAGGAGAUCCUGUGUCCUGAGAGUCAGUCUCCUAAUGGAGUGAGAUUCCACUUCAUUGAUAUUUACCUGUAUGAACUAUCCAAAGUGGGAGGGAAGGAGCUUUUGGCAGAUCAGAAUCUCAAGUUUAUUGAUCCAUUCUGCAAAAUUGCUGCCAAGACUAAGGACCACAUGCUGGUACAGACAAUAGCCAGGGGUGUCUUUGAAGUCAUUGUAGAUCAGUCUCCUUCUGUACCCGAAGAGGCAGUGGAAGAACAGGAUGUGAAAGUGAGUGGCAGUGACCGCUCUGAAGGAGAGCCGCCUGGAGACGUGGUGACGUGGAGCAGAGCUGUCAGCAGGAAGAAGGCAGCACUUGGCAAAUAUCACUCCAGAAAAGAUGAAAUGAGUGAUGAAGGAGAAAGAGAUGACUGUGGGACCACUGAGGACACUGGACCACUUCUCCAGUUUGACUAUAAGGCUGUGGCUAAUCGACUCCUGGAAAUAACCAACAGGAAAAACAUCCCUCCCUUCAACAGGAAGCGUCUCUCCAAACUAAUCAAAAAGUAAGACGAGCUUUCUGUAUCAGGCAGUAUAUCUCAACUCAGUUUUGCGGAGGAUAUUUCUGCUGAUGAAGAUGACCAGCCCCUCAGUCAAGGGAGGCAUAAGAAAAAAGGGAAUAAGCUUUUAGAGAAAACAAACUUGGAAAAGGAGAAAGGACACAGAGUCUAUCUUGCUGAGGAAGAGGAUAGCGAAGACAGUGUUCAAAAGAGAAAAAGGAAAAAGAGGAAGAAGAGCCACCUCCCACCUCAGAGUGCAGGCCCAGGGGAUGAAGCCCCAUCCCUAGCACAGAACGGAGGCAGGGAGCCUGAGGCUGUGUCCAGCACCGGGGAGGAGAGUGGCUCAGAGCAUCCCCCCACCAUCCCCAUGCACAGCAAAAGGAAGCGACUGAGGAAGAAGAGCAUGAGGGCCAGCAGGGACAUCUUGGAACUGGCAGUAUCACCUCUAGAGGACACAUCUCAAAGUGGCCCGAGCAGUGGCCAUCCACGGGGGCCUGCCACCAAAGGUGCCCCAAUAGGUGGUGCCCACGUCCUGAAAAGGAAGCGGAAACUCAGAGCUUUCCCAAUCAGCAGCAGUGGCCUGACCAUGCUGGCCUGGCCCCUGAAGCAGAAGGGAGCUUCUCCAGCAAGCCCAGCAGAGGGAGGAGAUGGCCAGACCACCCUGCCCUGCAAGAGGCUACAGAAGAAGGCAGAGCCCAGCAGCCUUGACCUCCAUGCCCCAUGCAGUCAGAAAACAGCAAUCUUGAAAAAGAGGAAGAAAAUGAAAGAGAUGUCAAACUUGCUCGAACACAAUGGAGUAUUGGAAUCCCAAGUCAGGCAAAUCCAAGCUCUGGGAAGCAGUGGGACCGUCAGCCCUUUGAGGAAGCAGCAGCAGAGGACAGAGAGCAACUUUGUGAAGUUUGACACCCCCUUCUUACCAAAGCCCCUGUUCUUCAGAAAAGCCAAGCGCAGCGGUGCUGCCUGCUUCUCAGAUCCCUCCAUCCAGCUAAGCAAAACAUCCAGCUCCAAGAAAGUCACUUUUGGAUUGAACAGAAACAUGACUGCAGAAUUCAAGAAGACAGACAAGAGUAUCUUGGUCAGUCCCACAGGCCCCUCCCGAGUGGCCUUCAACCCUGAGCAGCGGCCCCUCCACGGAGUGCUGAAGACCCCCACCAGCUCACCUGCCAGCACACCCCUGCUGACCAAGAAGCCCCUGACCGUUACCCCAAAGAGAAGGCCAACGGCCAUGGAUUUCUUCUGAGUAUAGUAACAGAGUCCCUUUUUAAAGACUGCAUUUGUACAGAAUGUUCUACAAAUUAUAACUUAAAAUGUG